AUGGGCAACACGUGUGCGCCGCAAAAGGGGCUGCGCUUCAAGAACUUCAUCAUCGCCGUUUUCUCCCAGGACUUACAGCGCAGCCCCGUGCGAGAUGCCUUUGGCAACCUGCAGGACUACGUUUCUAACAACCCUGAGCGUAUUUCACGUGUUUGCCGCAAGAUCUCCAAGCUGCUGGUCAUAUCCCUCAAACGGCAUAAGGUGCGGCGUGUCAUGGUGGGGGUGCAAAUGCUGCGAGACUUAAUUGCCCAGUUUGACGACGUUGGUGGGUUCGUGCCGGACUGCAUUAGUAUUUGCGUACUGCUUUUCUCCCACUCCACAGUGGAGUAUCGCAUCGGGGCCGCGGAUGUCUUGGCCAUUUUAUGUUACAAACUUGCCCGACGCGUGGAUGGCGAGCACUCCUGCCGUUUGAUAAUGGACAACCGAGAAAAACUACUCCCCCCGCUGGAGAAAAUGUGCCUAGAGACAAUUGCAAAUGAUGAUGCCGCUACAAUGCGGUGUCGCUACGCCGCAAUUGUGGCACUAGGGAACGCUAUAUACUGCGUACGUGGUGCCUUGGCAAACACAACGAGUCGCCAGAAAAUUCCCUUCUUGCAAAACCUUUUAAACGCGAUGCGUGCUGAGGGUGAAUCGAAGUGGAUCCAGCAUGAGCCCCUCGCGGUGCUUCUACAGCACAUCAAAAGUGGUCCAUUCGAUGGGGUUGCCCUUCCCACCGAACCGCGGGAACGGGAGCUUGCGUGCAUCAGCGCAGCUUCAUGGGGCAUAGGGACGGUGGUUGGGUGCGUUUCAAACGCCGGAAUACAUCACUUUCUGCAACUUGUCUUGGAGUUCAUUGCGUCUUGCGACGGAUGGUCGUUACCGGGGUUUGCAUGUGUCACGCUGCGGUCAUUGGCGCGGGCGUUAGAGUGGCGGCCGCAGCAACUCGGCUUCACUGUCUGCCAGUGCCUCUGUGAAAUGAUCAUGGUACCCCGUAAAGGGGAAGAAACGACGAUGAAGGUGCAGGAUGGCGUCAUUCGAGCUCUCAUUGUCUGCAUGCACGAAGUACGCAUGACAGGUGGGCGGCCGCAGAUUUUGUUUGAGGUGGUCCGUAAAUGCAUGAGUCAGGCCAACCGGACGGAGGACUACAACAACCUCCUCCUGCAGCUGGUGACGACGCUUAUGUACACAACUCACAAAUGGCGAAAUGCACUGCGGCUGCACCUCAUACUCGUGGAGCUAUUGGGGGCAUGCCAAGAGGCGGUGUCUAAGAACGUGGUACGCGGCCUGCGCAUCCUGUCUCAGGCCGCGCCGUACGUGCGGGCUGUUCCGCUGACUGACCGCACCGACAUUAACUUCUCGGGGGUCAUUGCGCCUUUUCUCGCGACACACGACGAGGCGCAGCCGUAUGCCGCCCAGGUGCUAGUGGGCCUCCUCGUGGGGACCGUCGCAUCGCAGGAGUUAGUUCUGGAAAGCAGUGUCUUCGACUCAGCGACGGUGAUGGCGGAGCCGCCUCCCCCACUCAUAACGGAUGAACAGGACGUGGUUGUGGCAAAAAAAUGGGUUUUGUCUUGUAUUGCCAGCGCGAAGCCCGUGACACCGUCGUGUGUGAUUGAGGUAGGGCGUGUGGUGGUGGCCGUAAUGCAAAGCCGCGGCGCCUCCUCGUUGCCGUUUGUUCUCUCCGUCGUUUCACGGUUGCAGGCGUUUGUGGCGAAGAACAAAACGGCCGCCGACCUUCAUGUGGCGUGGGCGCAUCUCUCGCUUGUGGUGCUUGUGAACUGCGGGGCCGUCCUCGCGCUGCGGCAACUUGCACGCUACGCGAUGGGUCUGUUGCGGCAGCGCCGCCACCGCAACGAGUUGGCAAGGCGGUUCAGCUCGCGACUGGCGGACGGGGAUGUUGGGGAACUGAAACUCGUCAGUGGCAGCAAAGUGCCGGAGGAGCUGCUGAGCAGUAAGUCGGUACACCACAUGCCGGUGACGCUUCUCAUUUCCUUUGAGGCCGUUGCGGAGGCCAUCACGGAGGAUGCCAGCGCAGAGGUGUACACCGUCUUUGGCGCCCAGACUGCGGCAGAGCUGAAGGUGGCCAUCGCAGGCGCACUUUUGAACCCCGAUGCGGAUGAAGUCGGCAGCCCGUCAUUGACGCCGCGCGCCCCCACUCGCGUGCAAGCAAAGCGUCACUUCAGCCUGGAGGCGUUGCACCCGUCGCACAGUGACGAGGCUGCGACCAUCACGGUUUUUGUAGUGGACGGUGGUGCAGCAGAGGCGACGGCGGUGGCGGGAGAUGCCGCUGUGACUGCCGCCCCUUGUGGCAGGCAGGAGCUCUUCACGGGGAGGGCAAGAGACUGCAUUGCCGACCUUCUUGCACGCCACGGUGUUGGUGCAACGACGCAGCUGGUGCAACCACUCGCUCGUACUGCGCUGCUUGUCCCUACGCUAGAUAAAAGGGAAAAGGUUAGGGAUGCCACGAACGCCACGUCGGACGCGGCGAGCGCGGGUGCCGCGGAUUCUCAGAAGUCAUCCACGGCUGCUACUGCCUUGCCUGGGUCGCCCGUCAGCCACAACGUCCCGUCGACCUGCUCAAAACUGACCACGGGCACUCAUGCGUUUCGCGAGGAUGAUGCUGGCUUCGUAGACAAGUCACCCAAUGCUACUCAUGUUGUCGCCGCAGCACCGCGUAGUGGUGCCCCCAGCGCCUGCAUCGCGUACAGCAGCACGCAAGAGGCCUCAGAGGGAACAAGUGAUGACAGAGCAGAGGGUAAAAAAGACAUCAUUAAAGUACGUGGCAUGGACGGGCCAGGGAGUAAUUACGUGGAUGUACUCUGA